AUGACCAAAGUUUUUAUCACUGGUGCUACGGGAUACAUCGGUGGCGACUCUCUGGCCACAUUGGUUGCUCAGCACCCAGACUUCUCCUACGCAGCUCUUAUUCGCAGCAUUGAGAAAGCCGAACGAGUGAAAGCUCAGUAUCCAUCUAUCCGUAUGGUCAUCGGAGAUCUUAAUGAUUCAGCCCUGCUGGAACGGGAAAGUGCCGUCGCAGACAUCGUGCUGCACACCGCAGACGCUUCCGACCAUGUUGGAGCUGCAAAGGCUAUCAUUGCUGGCCUAGUGACCGGGCACAGCAAGGAAAACCCAGGCUACUUGCUUCACACUGGCGGAACCGGCAUCCUUACGUGGGAAGACAGCGAUAAAAACGAAUACGGCAAUGAAAGCGAGCAUAUUUAUAACGACUGGGAAGGCGUGGACGAAUUACUCAGCCUUCCCGACCACGCAUUUCAUCGAAACGUCGACCAGCUCGUAUUGAAUGCUGGGGCCAAGUAUGCCGAUGUUCUCAAAACGGCACUGGUCUGCCCGCCAACAAUCUACGGUAAAGGAAGAGGGCCAGUCUCCCAGCGUGGGCGUCAAGUCUACGAGCUAGCGAACGUUACGCUCCGCCUGAAGAAAGGCCCCAUCAUCGGCGCUGGACAGUCAAUCUGGAACAACGUACACGUCCACGAUCUGAGUGACGUAUACGCAUUACUCAUCGACGCGGCAAUCGCGGGUCGAAAUGAUGACGGACUCUGGGGCGCGAAAGCCUACUACCUCACCGAGAACGGAGAACACCACUGGGGUAAACUGUCUCAAGCUACCGCGGAGGCCGCGGCGAAACUGGGAUACAUCCCCGAGGCCAAGGCAGAGCCUAUCGACUUGGAAAGCGCCAAAAAGUAUGCGGGUUUUGAAUCUCUCAGUUGGGGAAUGAAUUCUCGUGGUCGGGCGCGGCGUGCUCGUGAGAUUUUGGGGUGGAAACCCUUUCGACCUAGUAUUGUGGAAGAGCUGCCUGAAAUUCUUCGCGGGGAGUGGCAGCGUUUGCAAAAUGCUUCUUAG